GGUUUUGAGAAGCGCGAAAUCGUCUUCAUGUAGAGGUCGUGGGUUUUUCUCGUCCUUAAAACUCAUCCUCUAAUUUGGUGCCAUCUUUGGAUCUCUCACUUUUCUACCUUUCAGAUUUCGUGAAACGGAGAGGAGAUAUCUUUAUUCUUCUGAACUUGCAACUGGAAGAGGAAAAUUUCAUUACAGCAACUGGUCCAGGCCUUUUCGUUCGUCUUUACGGUACUUCCCUCCGUUUGAACACUUCCAGGUAAUAUGUGAUUUCGGGUUUUAGUUAUUAUAGAAAUUUGCGUAAACAUUUACCUAAUUUAAUUUGAACCGAGUUUCGGAAUUUGAGUUGAUUAGAUCUGAAGAAAAAUGCCUCCCGCCGCUCCUCGAUCCGGAGAUGCGAUCUUCGCCAGCGUAGAACGCGUGAAUGCAGAACUAUUCACUUUGACUUAUGGAGCAAUAGUGCGUCAAUUGCUUACUGACUUGGAGGAGGUUGAGGAGGUUAACAAACAGCUUGAUCAAAUGGGCUAUAAUAUAGGAAUUAGACUAAUUGAUGAGUUUCUAGCAAAAUCAAAUGUGUCCAGAUGUGUUGACUUUAAGGAGACAGCGGAAAUGAUUGCCAAGGUGGGUUUCAAAAUGUUCCUUGGGGUCACUGCAUCUGUCAUGAACUGGGAUGCUGAUGGCACUUGUUGCAGCAUUGUUUUGGAGGAUAAUCCCCUUGUGGACUUUGUAGAGCUUCCUGAUACUUGUCAAGGCCUCUACUAUUGCAACAUUUUAAGUGGAGUCAUAAGAGGAGCCCUAGAGAUGGUGGCAAUGAAGACGGAAGUCACCUGGAUUCGUGAUAUGCUUAGAGGAGAUGAUGCAUAUGAGUUGCAGGUUAAACUUUUGAAGCAAGUUCCAGAAGAGUAUCCUUACAAGGAUGAUGAGUAACAUGCCUUACUUACCUCUAUUAAUGGCCUUGCGCACUUGCCGAUGUUCUAUUUCCGUUGUUUUUCUGUUUCUGAAGAACAUUAAUAUACGUUUUGUAUGUCAUCUUGACCACAAUGUAUCUUCCAUUUUCAUUUAGGGUUUAUAUGAUCUAUACUCCGAAGUUAUUAAUGUUAUUAAUCCUGCACAUCAGUAGUGAUGGCAAAUGGGUGGAUUGGAUUGGAUUUUGGUAUGGACCCUUUGGGUCAGGUAUUCUAAGCUCGAGCAUUUUGAUGUUGAAUUA